CUUCCGCAGCUGUUCUGGUUGCCACACGUUUUUCGUUUCUUUCCUUUCAAAAAAACAAAAAACAGGCCCGUCAUUGUGGCUCUGCAGCAGCGCCGGGGAUGUCGGACCGGUCCGGCAGGUUUUUAGCGGGGCAGGCCAAGUGAGGCAGCGGGGGGAAGGAGGGCGGGGAGCCGCAGCCGCCCCCGCCGCCGCAGCAGCAGCAGCAAGAGGAGGAGAAGCCGUCAUCUGUCUUCACAAGCAGGAAGAAGAGACUGAAACAUGGUGAGGUGAUUAAAAACUCCCGCACGAGUUUGAAGGAGAAGGAGAAGAAGGAGACCGUUUUUCUUUUAUUACACCAGGAAACUUGAAGCAGCGCAGAAAUCCUAGAGGUGUUAAGAUGAGUAUGCGGCGCUCGGACCCCCAGGGGUCCAUGAGGCCCGACGAUGAGGUCAUGCCCUACAGUGACGACGAGACGGAUGACGAACUGGGCGACGACCUAGAAGAGAGUUCUGAGGAGGAAGCAGAGGACGUGCCGGGUGCCCCGCAUCCUCCGGUCGAAGCUCGAGUCAGUGAAAUGGGCUGGAAGGUGAAAGCCAACGAUCGGCCGUAUCACCAACUGCCAGAGUUUCAGAAAAAAGUCCUCCUGUGCAUCAAGAAAAGCAGAUACUCCGGAAACGCCAUCAAGACGUACAAGUACAACGUCCUCACCUUCAUUCCCCUCAACCUGUACGAGCAGUUCAAGAGAGUGGCCAACCUCUACUUUGUGGCUCUGCUCAUCUUACAGAUUAUUCCAGAUAUUACCACUUUGCCCUGGUACACCACGCUCAUCCCCCUGGUGGUGGUGCUGGGAAUCACUGCCAUUAAAGACCUGGUUGACGAUCUGGCGCGACACCGAAUGGACAAGGAGAUCAACAACAGGAAGUGUGAGGUGCUGCUGGAGGGCAGGUUCCAAGAGUCAAAGUGGAUGGACAUGCAGGUCGGAGAUGUGGUUCGAAUGAAGAAAAACGACUUUAUUCCGGCCGACAUCCUGUUGUUGUCCAGCUCCAACCCAAACAGCCUGUGUUAUGUAGAAACCGCUGAACUCGACGGUGAGACCAACCUGAAGUUUAAGAUGGGUCUCAGAGUGACUGACGAGAGGCUGCAGGAGGAACGACAGCUCGCUCAGUUCGAUGGUUUCAUCGAGUGCGAGGAGCCGAACAACCGUCUGGACAAGUUUGUGGGGACGAUGCAGUGGCAGCAGGAGCGUUACCCGCUGGACCUGGACAACAUGCUGCUUCGCGGCUGCAAGAUCAGAAACACGGAGAUCAGUCACGGUCUCGUCAUAUUCGCGGGAGCCGACACUAAAAUCAUGAGGAACGGCGGGAAGACGAGGUUUAAGCGCACGAAGAUCGACGAGCUGAUGAACUACAUGGUUUACACGAUCUUCGUGCUGUUGAUCCUGGUGGCGGCAGGUCUGGCCAUCGGUCACACCUUCUGGUAUGACGAGAUCGGAUCCAAGGCUUGGUAUUUAUACGAUGGCAAAGACCAGGACGCCUCCUACAGAGGCUUCCUCAGUUUCUGGGGUUACAUCAUCGUCCUCAACACCAUGGUGCCCAUUUCACUCUACGUGAGUGUGGAGGUGAUCCGUCUGGGCCAGAGUAAGUUCAUCAACUGGGACCUGCAGAUGUAUUUCCCAGAGAAAGACACGGCUGCUAAGGCUCGAACCACCACCCUGAACGAGCAGCUCGGCCAGAUCGAGUACAUCUUCUCCGACAAGACGGGAACUUUGACGCAGAACGUCAUGCAGUUCAAGAAGUGCACCAUCGCCGGACGCAACUACGGUUCACCGACCACCGCUGAAGGAGUGACGCUGGACCGAGGACGGCCGGUGGACUGGAGCUGGAACCGCCACGCUGACAAAAAGUUCCAGUUCAUGGAUCAUUCCCUGGUUUCUGUCGUCCGAUCCAGGAAGGACAAAGACGCCUCUGAGUUCUUCAAACUUCUCUCGCUCUGCCACACCGUCAUGGUGGAGCAGAAAGACGGUGAGCUGGUUUACCAGGCGGCGUCUCCUGAUGAGGGCGCUCUGGUGACGGCUGCCAGGAACUUUGGCUACGUGUUUCUGUCUCGCACCCAGGACACGAUCACCAUCAGGGAGAUGGAACAGGAGUCAACGUAUCAAAUGUUGGCGCUGCUCGACUUCAACUCUGACCGCAAACGCAUGUCCAUCAUCUUGAAGUUUCCUGACGGCCGCAUUCGUCUCUACUGUAAAGGAGCAGACACCGUCAUCUACGAGCGACUGUCCCCCAACUCCAAAUACAAGGACAUCACACAGACCGCUCUGGAUGAAUUCGCCAACGAGACCUUGCGCACGCUGUGCUUGUGUUACAAAGACAUCAGCGCGGCCGAGUACGAAGCCUGGUCCAGGAAACACAAAGAAGCCCAGGUGACCAUGGUCAAUCGGGAUGCUGCCCUCGAUAGCGUGUAUGAGGAUAUUGAGAAGAACCUCAUGUUGAUCGGGGCGACGGCCAUCGAGGACAAACUGCAGGACGGCGUGCCAGAGACCAUCGCAAAGCUGGCCAAGGCCGGCAUCAAGAUCUGGGUCCUGACUGGAGAUAAGAAAGAAACGGCAGAAAACAUCGGAUAUUCUUGUUCACUUUUGACGGACGACAUGCAGAUUCACUACGGAGAAGACGUCAAUGAAAAGCUGAUCGCUCGCCAGGCCAGCAGGAGAUACGAACCCACGACUUAUCGUCCCGGCAAAAAGAAACCUUCAGAGCCUUUCUUCACUGAACCAGGCAAAAACGCUCUCAUCAUCACUGGAGGUUGGCUGAAUGAGAUUCUGUACGAAAAGAAGAAGAAACGUCGCCGCCUGCGUCUCCGUCGUCUCGGGAGGCGACCGCCGAUCAGCAACCCUCAGGACCCGCAGCCGGCCAACGACUGGGAGAAAGAGAUGAGACAGAUCGACUUUGUGGACAUGGCGUGCGAGUGCGAAGCCGUCAUCUGCUGUCGCGUCACGCCGAAGCAGAAGGCCAACGUGGUCAGCCUGGUGAAGAAGACGAAGAAGGCCGUGACCUUGUCCAUCGGAGACGGAGCCAACGACGUGAACAUGAUCAAAACGGCGGACAUAGGCGUCGGUAUCAGCGGUCAGGAGGGGAUGCAGGCCGUCAUGUCCAGCGACUACGCCUUCGCUCAGUUCCGUUACCUGGAGCGCCUCCUGCUGGUGCACGGACGCUGGUCCUACAUACGAAUGUGCAAGUUCCUGCGUUUCUUCUUCUUCAAGAACUUUUCCUUCACUCUGGUUCACUUCUGGUACUCCUUCUUCAGCGGAUACUCAGCACAGAUCGCCUAUGAAGACUGGUUCAUCACUCUCUACAAUCUGUGUUACAGCAGUUUACCUGUUCUGCUGGUUGGACUUCUUGAUCAGGAUGUAAACGACAAACUCAGCCUCAAAUUCCCAAAGCUCUACUUGCCCGGUCAGCAGAGGAAGAUGUUUAACUACCAGAACUUCUUCAUCAGCUUGUUCCACGGUAUCUUCGUCUCGCUCAUCAUCUUCUUCAUCCCGUACGGGGCCUUCCUGCAGACCAUGGGCCAGGACGGAGAAGCUCCCUCAGACUACCAGUCCUUGGCCGUCGUCACCUCCACGUCGCUGAUCUUCUCCGUCAACCUGCAGAUCUCUCUGGACACCUCCUACUGGACCUUCGUCAACUGCUUUGCGGUUUUGGGCAGCAUCGCCAUUUAUUUUGGCAUCAUGUUUGACAUCCACAGCGCUGGGAUCCACGUCCUCUUUCCGUCACCGUUCACCUUCACUGGCGUGGCAUCAAACGCUCUGCGUCAGCCGUACCUGUGGUUGACCAUCAUCCUGACCGUUGGCAUCAGUCUGCUGCCCGUCAUCUGCAUCCAGUUCCUCUCUAAAACCAUCUGGCCCUCAGACGGAGACAAGGUCCAGAGGAACAGGAAGAAGUACGAGAAGGAGUUGGAGGAGGAGGAGAGGAAAAAGCCGUCCGCCUUCCAACGCGGUCGGCGUUCCCGCCGCUCCGCCUACGCCUUCUCUCACUCGCGCGGCUACGCCGACCUCAUCGCCUCUGGGCGGAGCAUCCGUCACCGCGCGCCACGAGGCGGACCCCAGGACAGCAUCAGGGAGGUGACUCACAGAGAGGCGGAGAACAUCUGAGGGGCAGGAGAGACGCGGAGUGACACGGAAGCAAGAAGGGCUUUUAAUCUGAGGAGACACUAGAACUUCCGAGGUGAUGAAACCAAAGUUGCUCAACCCUUUUUCCUCAAAAUAAAAGGGAGGAGCUUAUUUACCACCAAAGUUAAACGAAGCACCUGCUGUAACUGUGUUUCCGCUCCGGUCUGUGACCCUUGACGCCGCGUUCACCUCCACUUCCCCCCAUCUAUGCACAGACACUCUGUUAAAACAGAAGCUCACCGAAGAGACGACCGCCGCUAACGGGGUUUGAAGCCGCGCAGUCGACUGUGCGGCCGACAAUGUUGUUCAACUCAGGAUUUUUUUUAAAUCAAAGCCGUAUGUUUUUUUUUUUUUUAAGCAGAAAUGCAGAUGACGUUCGCAGUUUUAGCCCAAAAGCACUUGAUAUGAUGGUGUUUCCCUAAAAAUCAUUAGUUCAGUUAAAUUUUAUUUUCCAUCAGUUUCCUUAAACCUUUAAAAAAAAAGAAAAAGAGGAGGGCUAAAGCUAAACAUGUCCAUUUUUUAACGUUUUAUUCUACAUGACGGCGGGAUGUUUUUGUGCCAGGCUAUGCAAAUGUUAUCACGUACAUGUGUCUUAAUUUAAAAAUAAAUUGUGAAUAGUUAUCUUGUUUUUUUCCCUUGCGUUUUCUCUCAAGUGCCCUUAAAGUCAUGACGUUUGAACCUUUUAAAUCUCUUAAAGUCAUGCGUGUUCUUCCAAUGAUGGAUCUCAACACAAUAUAAUAUAAUAAUAAUAAUUUUCCUCUUUCUCAGGGUGCAGUAAAAUGAACAUUAGCUGUAUUUUCUGUCAUCCUUUCCCCACAUCAGUGUCUUUUUGUUUGUUUUUAAAUGUUCUUCAGUCUAAAGGGCAAAGAGAUCUUGGUUCGUUAAUUGGUUUGUGUUUAUUUUCUGUGGUUUGAUGAUCUGCUGAUACUUGGAUGUACUUCCUGUUCUUCCGUUCUCGCGCUAGUGUUACUGUAUGCAGACGAUGUUUUAUUGUUACUGAAUGAAUGAAUGGAUGAGUGAAUGAAUGGAGGCAGUAGGUCAUGACGGCUGCUGAGUGUAACGCAGCAGUUUUCACUUCCCUGUCAUAUGUCAUACGGUAUUUUAAAAAUGUGGUUGUUAAUAAAAGCCGAGGGCACAUUUAGCAAUCUGAA